AUGGGUUCUCUUGCCGUCUCUCAGGACAGCGUUCCCCACGCCAGUAUCAAGGCGACUAAGCAACAGGCAGUACAACCAGUGGGCAAACAUGUCCUUGACAUCAUCGAUAUUCGACGCGUUGCGGUUGAAACAAACUUGAAGGACGACAUCAUUUCCAUGUGGAACCCCACAAACGGACCCCGGAGGCUACCGACCCUGCUUCUCUACAAUGAACGGGGCCUGCAAUUGUUUGAGGAUAUCACAUAUCUGGAAGAGUACUACCUGACCAACAACGAAAUCGAGGUUCUUGAGAAAAACUCAAAAGAGAUUGCUCAGAACAUCUCAACCGACUCUAUGGUCAUUGAGUUGGGAAACGCCGGCAAGAACAUCGAUUACUACGCACUCGACCUCUCCCGAGAAGAAUUAGAGCGCACGCUCGCUCAAGUUCCUGAUUUCCAUCACGUCAAAUGCCAUGGUCUUUUGGGGACCUAUGAUGAUGGCCGGGAAUGGCUGAAACAGCCAUCCAACCUGGCGCGCACCAAGUGCAUCUUGAGCUUGGGUUCAAGCAUAGGAAACUUCGAGCGCGAUGAUGCGGCCGGAUUCCUCAAGCACUUCAGUGACGUUCUGACGCAGUCGGACAAAUUGUUGAUUGGGCUGGACGGAUGCUGCGAUCCUUCCAAAGUCUAUCAUGGUUACAAUGGUUUUCAAGACCAGAAAGGAGUAACUCAUGCGUUCAUCCUCAACGGACUCGCCAAUGCCAAUGAGAUCUUGGGAGAAGAGGCCUUCAAGCUCAAAGACUGGGAAGUCAUCGGUGAGUAUGUGUACGAUGACGAAGGAGGACGUCACCAAGCUUUCUAUUCGCCCGUUCGAGACACAUACGUUUUGGGAGCACUUGUCAGGCAACACGAGCGCAUUCAAGUUGAGCAGAGCCUGAAAUACUCUCAACUGGGAGCCGAGAAUUUGUGGAACAUGGCAGGCUUGGUCGAGACAAACUGCUGGACAAAAGGAACCGAGCAUGGAAUCCAUAUGAUUUCGAAGAGGAAAAUGCCCUUCAGUCGUCUCCCCGAACUUUACGCUUCUUCGCCCUGUCCCACUCUGGACGAUUGGGAGGCGUUGUGGGCGGCAUGGGAUGCUGUUACACAGCAAAUGCUACCAAAAGAGGAGUUGCUGGACCAACCCAUCAAGCUUCGCAACGCCUGCAUCUUCUAUCUUGGACAUAUCCCGGGGUUCUUGGACAUUCAAUUGUGUAAAACUACAAAGACGCCUCCGACCGAGCCAGCCCACUUCCAGCCAAUGUUCGAGCGGGGCAUUGACCCUGAUGUCGACAAUCCGGAGCAAUGCCACUCUCAUUCCGAAAUCCCUGAUGAAUGGCCCGCAGUGGAAGAGAUUCUUCAAUACCAGCAGCGUGUACGGUCCAGGCUACUUGACCAGUACAAGAAUGGAAUCGAUAACAUUCCCAGAGCUGCUGCUCAAGGUAUCUGGGUGGGAUUCGAGCACGAGAUCAUGCACAUGGAGACGCUCCUUUAUAUGAUGCUCCAGAGCGACAAGACUAUCCCUCCUCCUGACGUUCUGCGCCCGGACUUCAAGCGCUUGGCCAAUAAAGCUCGCCAGUCCCGGGUCUCCAACCAGUGGCACGAUGUACCUGCUCAGUCCAUUAUUCUUGGCAUGGACGAGCCUGAUCUUGAUGCUGGUGUCAACGGGUACUUUGGCUGGGACAACGAGCGACCUGCAAGGAAGGCCAAUGUUCAUGCAUUCCAGGCACAAGGACGACCGAUCACAAAUGAGGAGGUCCCUGCAUCAUGGGCCGAUGUUCAAGCAGCAGAAUCCGAUUCUGACACGGCCGUGGAUGCGAAUGGGCAAACGUAUCUUGCUAAUGGAAAUACAAAUGGCCAUGUCAAUGGGGUCAACGGGCAUACCAACGGCCACGUCAACGGUCACACAAACGGACAUGUCAAUGGCACUGCAAAUGGACAUGUGAACGGACACCAGAAUGGUGAUAGUGUGGUCCCCGAUUCAUUCCUUGACGGUAUUGCAGUCCGCACAGUUUAUGGUCUGGUCCCGCUGAAAUAUGCAUUGGACUGGCCCAUUUUCGCAUCUUUUGAUGAACUCGCUGGUUGUGCAGCAUGGAUGGGAGGCCGAAUCCCGACGUUUGAGGAGGCUCGAAGCAUCUACACUUACGUUCAUAACUCGAAGAAGAUGGAAGCUGAGCGUACGCUGGGCAGGACGGUGCCAGCAGUCAACGGCCACCUGUCGAAUGAUGGCGUCGAGGAAACACCGCCAAAGAGAAAGUCGCUUGAGGCUGCGAAGGCUCGAUCGGAGCUUUUCGCGGACCUCGAUGGUGCCAAUGUUGGCUUGCAGCAUUGGCACCCGGUUCCCGUGACGGCCGACGGCGGUCGCCUCGCGGGACAGGGUGAGCUCGGUGGCGUCUGGGAAUGGACCAGCACGCCCCUUGCUCGCCAUGAAGGGUUCGAGCCUAUGCCUCUAUACCCUCAGUACACGGCCGACUUCUUCGAUGGUAAGCAUAACAUCGUGCUUGGAGGAUCGUGGUCAACGCAUCCCCGCAUCGCCGGCCGAAGAUCAUUCGUCAACUGGUACCAACGAAACUACCCCUUUGCCUGGUGCGGCGCAAGACUCGUCAGAGACAUUAAAUAA